CAGGGCCUGGGCCGGCUGCUCUCACUCGGCGCCGCCAUGCCCAAGGUGGUGUCCCGCUCCGUGGUCUGCUCCGACACCCGGGACCGCGAGGAGUACGAUGAUGGCGAGAAGCCGCUGCACGUUUACUACUGUCUGUGCGGCCAGAUGGUGCUGGUGCUGGACUGUCAGCUGGAGAAGCUGCCUAUGAGGCCUCGAGACAGAGCUCGGGUGAUUGAUGCAGCCAAACAUGCCCAUAAAUUCUGUAACACAGAGGAGGAGGAAAAUGUUUAUCUCAGAAGACCUGAAGGUAUUGAGCGGCAGUACAGGAAGAAGUGUGGGAAGUGUGGACUUCUGCUCUUCUACCAGCACCAGCAGAAGAAUGCCCCAGUUACUUUCAUUGUCGAUGGAGCUGUGGUCAAGUUUGGCCAGGGCUUUGGGAAAACAAACAUAUACACUCAGAAACAGGAGCCUCCCAAAAAGGUGAUGAUGACCAAACGGACAAAAGACAUGGGCAAGUUCAGUUCAGUCACGGUCUCCACCAUUGAUGAAGAGGAGGAGGAGAUUGAAGCACGAGAGAUUGCAGAUUCCUAUGCGCAGAAUGCUAAAGUGAUUGAAAAGCAGCUGGAACGCAAAGGCAUGAGCAAAAGGAGGCUGCAGGAACUGGCUGAGCUGGAAGCCAAGAAAGCCAAGAUGAAAGGAACCCUGAUAGAUAAUCAGUUCAAAUAAGAGGAAUCCACAUCAGAUCAUGCUCAGGCAGCUGAAUAUUUGGAGAGGGAGGAAAACCAACAGCAACUCCUGAGACUCCAACAGAGAAUUCAAUCAACCCUGCAGACCUUAAGUACAACUUUUAAGAGCUAUGCAUCGAAACCAGCUUGGAAGGUGACACUGUCUCUGCUACAGACUGUACUUUGAUCUCUGGUAUUUUAAUACACUGAAGGACUUCAA